GUGUCGGCCCAGCCCAGACUUGUCCUGCGGGUCUCCGGCAGGUUGCGCGCCGGGGCGAGGCAGACACACACACACACACCCACAGAAGCCGGAGUAUCUCGCCCCUGAGGUGCCAGGCGAAGCAGACGGAGUUUCCCCUGACAGCUUUUCUGCGGCUCUUUGAGAAGUGUGCUCUUGCGGCUGUGCGCUGAAGAUGUUCCGCUGCGGGAUUGCGUACCCCCGGUGCAGGUGGAUCCUGCCCCUGAUGUUGCUCUUUGCCAUUAUAUUCGACCUCAUCGCCAUCUGCGCCGCGUCCGGCUGGGUGGAAGACGAAGCCGAGACUCACUAUGCUAGUAUGUGGAAGCAGUGCCGACCAAUAGGCCGAAACAAAGAGUGGGAGUGCAAGUCUCUCAUGGCAGAGUCCUGGGCCAAGGCAGUGGCAGCCCUGAUGAUCAUUGGACUGAUCGUGCUGAUCGUGGCCUUCAUCAUAUCCUGCAUGGCGCUCUGCUGCAACCUGAUCGUCGGCCUUCUCCCGGUCGUGGGCACCCUCCUCUUCCUCGCCGUGAUCCUGCAGUUCAUCGCCCUGAUCGUCUACCCCUGCAAGUUCAGCGAGCAGUUCAUCUACGAGGGCCACUACGACUACACCUGGGCCUACGGCUUCGGCUGGGGCGCCACCGUGCUCAUGAUCGGCUGCGGGAUCCUCUUCUGCUGCCUGCCGCGCUACGAGGACGAGCUGUCCGGCAUCGCCAAGACCAAGUACCUCUACGAGAGCUCGUAGAGGCCCCGAGCCUGAACUCUGCUGGGCGCCCCCCUCUCUUCACACCGACGUGUGGGCGGAGUUUGUUUUCCACUUCUCGUGUCUUUUCACUCCAGAGGAAUGCGUAGUGUCUGCUCCCGGCUUCGGUCUUCGGUUCCUUGGAAGACUACAGAGUUGUUCUUUUUUUUUUAGCUGUACAGUUUAUGAAACCGCACAAGCUGGUGUUUGGAAGUAGAAAACAGUAUUCUUUCUGCUAUUUACAUCUCUAUACAGGACUUUAUUUUUCCUUGGAAGUGGAAAACAAAUGAAACUUUUGCAUUUGGAAGAAUGUGCUUUUUUACAUUUUUAUAAAUAGUCUCGCUGUGUGUGGCUGUUUUACUUAGAACCUGACAUCGAACAAGCACACUGGGAAAACCAGAAUAACGCUAAAUAAUUCCUUUAUACUGUACAGGGAGGUGACUACAAAGCUGAAGAGGGUGUGAAGAGUAAUACAAUUUCCCUAUGGUGUGCUGUCAAAAAAUGCACCCACUCUUGGCAAAUGAAUUGGCUGGGUACAUAUCGCGUAUAAUAAUUUUACAAUUAAAUGAAACGGUUUUCUUUCAUCCACAGGGUCAAUCAGUGUAAACAAAUUGUUUGGAAUGUUCUUAUUCUGUAGAUGAGAUUCAUUUGAACAAUAAACAUUUUAAUAAGAGUAUUUUUAUCUGUUUUCUAAAACGGGCUGUACAAGGCCAUACUGAUAACGUUGUGCUACGCAUUCUCAUAUCUUAGAGCAUUGCGAGUUUUUUGAAUAUUUGCCACAAAGGCUUAGAUAUUACUGCUUUUUAUACACAAGGCUUUUGUACUCAUUUCCUAAAGAAUGUUGUAGUUACUAAAGUGUUUUUUAAUGUAUUCCGGGGUUAUAGAAUAAAAGCUUUUAUUAGUU